AUGGCUUUCCUUCGGGGGAUCGGGAACGUGCUGAGGAGAUCAGUCACACAAGGCAGCGCCGCCAAUGACGCGCUCGCCGCGUUCCACGCGCCGCAGCCGCACUUAUCGCUGCUCCCCACCGCCAUGACGCAAGCCGUCCGGUUCAUGUCCGGCAACAAGCUCUUCAUCGGAGGGCUCGCAUGGGAGGCCGACGAGAAGGCCUUGGCGGAUGCUUUCUCUGCCUACGGAACCGUCGAGGAAGCCAAGGUGAUCAGGGAUCGGUUCACGGGUCGGUCGCGCGGGUUCGGGUUCGUGAGCUUCGCGUCGGACGAGGAGGCUGCUAGCGCUUUGGAAGGCGUCAACGGCAAGGAGCUGAGUGGAAGGACAGUGCGUGUUGAUUAUGCCUCCAACAGGACAGAGGGCGGAGGAGGGGGAGGGGGAGGCCGCAGGGGGGGAUAUGGUGGUGGUGGAUACGGGGGUGGCGGAGGGCGGUACAGUGGUGGUGGUGGCGGCGGUGGGUAUGGGGGAGGAGGGGGUGGGUACGGCGGUGGAAGGUAUGGGGAGGGAGCGGGUUACCCUGGUGGCGGACUCUCUCAAGGAUACCGCUACCAUCCCACACCCCGUCCCCACGCCUCCUCCUCAUCGCGCCACCGCUUUCGCCUCCCUUUGUCGUCGGUCAUCCCGCGUUUCAUUAACGCGAGUUCUUCCUCCCUGCGACGUCGCACGCGUCGCAUGGCGUGCGACGAUUCGAGUCGCAGCCAGGAGUCGCCCGCCGUCGCAGCGGUCGCGGCGGGCGAGGGAGCGCAGAAGCAGGGCGGGGAGCAGCGGCGGCAAAAGCUAUGGGCGAUGUACGAUCGGAUGCGGGAGAAGCUGUUCCAAGACGUGCCCGAGAUGGGCGUGACUGAGUUGCACCAGCUGCUGCUGGCGCAGCAGGCAGCAGGUGGGGGAGAGGGAUUGGGGACGAACGGGGAGGCGGAUGGGGGAGUGGGGAGAGGGGAAGUUGGGGAAGGGGGCGUGAGAGGAGAGGGAGGAGGAGGGGAAGCAGUGGGAGGGGGAGGGAGUAGGCGGGGCGGGCGGCGGGUGGUGGUGGUGGACACACGUACAGAGGAGGAGGUGGCAGUGUCGAUGAUUCGGGGCGGCACACUGAAGCAGAGCGACUUUGAGCGGCAGAUGGGACGAUUCAGCGAUCACCAAAUCGUGUGCUACUGCACCAUAGGCUAUCGCAGCGGCAACUAUGCGCGCAUGCUGCGAUCGCACCACAGCAUGCACGCGAGCAACCUCAAGGGCUCUAUCCUCGCGUGGACCCACCACCGCCUCCCCCUCACCUCCCUCUACCACCCUGAAACUGGCUCUGGCCCGCUCCCCAUCCCUCAUCACGCCAACACUAGCACCAGCACCAGCAGCAACACCAGCAGCAACACCAGCAGCAACAGCAGCACCUCGCAUGAGGCAGCAACCCAGCAUCAGGCGAUCGCCGAGCAUGAAGCAUCAGGAAAGGGAGCAACGGGCUCUUGUGCUGCCACGGUGUUGCCAGUGGUUCCCUUGGGAGGUACCACGCGGGUGCAUGUGUACUCGCCCAAGUACGAGCUGCAGGCAGACGGGUACCAGCCG